UGGGUGCUCGCCAUGGACAUACAGCGAUAAGGUUCCAAAUAAAGUAUCUUUAGCUCGCUAGUUGGGAGUGAAACCGAAAGGUGGGAGGCUGGAAAUGGCCUCUAAAAAGAAGCGGUCCUUAAACUCCCAGAAUGACAGAUGGGUCGUGAUCGCGGCAGAUUCAGCUGUUGAUGCGAAAAAGACUGACGGCAGCAAUCCAGUAUUCGUGAGACUGAAGAACCCUGCUACAGAUGCGGCCUCUCUAUACCUGUUUGGGACGGGGGACUCCCAAGUGUACGAGGUGAAGGCCUUUGACGAAAACUACCACUCCUGGUUCAUUGGCCAGACAGUACAGCGGGAUGGAAGACUUUUGUACAUUACUCCAAUGGACCCACUCUACCUCCUGUUGCCCUACAUCAUAAAAGCAGGAAAAGAGGGGAACUUCCAGCCAGUAGAGCAGGUGGUGAUGGAUGAAGAUUUCCCAGCAUGCACCAGGCUGCUCCGAUGUGCUCGUACGCGGACCUCCCUUCUGCUGGUUGCGGAGGAAAAGGAAGUUGGAAGUCAGAGGUUCUAUAGAUACAGCCAGGAGAAGGCAGUGGAGUGGUUAAAGAAAAAGGCGGAGCAGACGGUGAAGGCCCUGAAGAAGAGUGGUGUCUCGGUGGGAGGAGGCGUGAAGUCCACUACAUACUUCAGAACCAAGCAGGAGUGUAACGUGCAGGAAGAGGACUACCUGCGUUAUGCCCAUGGUUUAAUCUCUGAGUACAUCAGUGAGGACCUGAGCAAGCAGCUCCAGAAGGUUCUGCAGUUACCAGAGAUUUUGAGUCCAAAAGACGUGGAGCCCCCCUCGAAGAAACGCAAACUGUCAGACGGGCCGGUGGAGGCCGGGGAGGACUACACCAAGUUCAACAGUGCCAGUUUCAUCCGGAAACCUCCCAAGAAGAUGACGGCAGCACAGAAGUCUCUCGCCAAAGCAGACAAGAGUGGGAUGAAGAGCAUGUCUGCAUUCUUCAGUCCAAAGGUCAAGACAGAAAAGAACUGAGUGUGUUUGAGAGCAAGAGUGAGCCUGUAUGGUCCUGAGUGAAAAUCCUAGACAAGGUUAAUGCGGUCUUCAUUUGAAUAGUGUGUGAGUGAAAGCAUGCGUGCUUAUGCUUUUGUUAAUAAAGGAGUAUACCUGCUAA